AUGAUGUGCAAAGCAUUGGAUGGCAACAUCCCGUACAACAAUUCGAAGAAGCACUAUACCAGUAGCAGAAUUAAAUUGAGCAAAGGAAGACCUGAUAUGGGCUUACGUUGGACAGAUACAAUUGAUAUCGCAAUUGAACUCAGUGAAGCGCAUCCAGAUGUGGAUCCACAAUGGGUGCGUUUUACCGAUAUGCAUGCAUGGAUUUGUGCAUUGCCAGAAUUUAGUGAUGAUCCAACCAAAUCGACUGAAGGUCUGCUAGAAGCCAUUCAAAUGGCAUGGAUUGAUGAAGCGAAUUAA